AUGGCAGUCAUGGCGACAAUAAUGAACAGGCAGCAUUUGCUGACCUACAUCUACCUUCUGGUUUACAUUUCACUUUCCUCGGGUGUUAUUCUGUAUAACAAAUGGGUCCUCUCCACACUGUAUUUUAAUUUUCCAUUUCCAAUAACACUCACUAUGAUCCAUAUGGCUUUUUCUGGUGGAGUUGCAUUUUUCCUUAUCCGUGUUCUGAAGGUUGUAGCGCCUAUUAAAAUGACAUUUCAUAUAUAUACAACUUGUGUGGUCCCCAUAAGCGCCUUCUUUGCAGCAAGUUUGUGGUUUGGGAACACUGCUUACUUGUACAUUUCUGUGGCUUUCAUCCAGAUGCUUAAAGCCCUAAUGCCAGUGGCAACAUUUCUCGUGGCUGUUACUCUCGGAACUGAGAGAUUAAGGUGUGAUGUGUUCUGGAACAUGGUAUUGGUCAGUGUUGGAGUUGUCAUUUCCUCCUAUGGGGAGAUUAAUUUUAAUGUGCUCGGUACAGUUUAUCAAGUCUCAGGAAUAGCUGCUGAAGCAUUGAGGCUGGUCUUAACUCAAGUUCUUCUUCAAAAUAAAGGCUUGACACUAAAUCCUAUUACCAGCUUGUAUUACAUAGCACCCUGCAGCUUUGUAUUCCUUUUUAUUCCAUGGUAUAUCUUUGAGAAGCCUGAGAUGGAAGCUCCACAUAUGCAGUUCAACUUCUGGAUAUUUUUUUCAAAUGCUCUCUGUGCUUUGGCAUUGAACUUCUCAACAUUCUUAGUGAUUGGUAGAACUGGGGCUGUAACUAUUCGAGUUGCUGGAGUCUUGAAAGACUGGCUGCUUAUCUCUCUUUCAACUGUCUUAUUCCCCGAAUCAAAAAUUACAGGACUGAAUGUUAUUGGCUAUGCUAUUGCUUUAAGUGGGGUUGUUUGUUACAACUACCUGAAGAUCAGGGAUGUGCGGACAUCUCUACAAAUUAUCACUGACGAAUCACCAAAGGAGCUGCAUAUGGAGAAAAAGGCAGAUGAUGAUGUGAACACAAAUGAAAAUAGUCAAUGGGACGAUUCUGUUUUGGAUUCUCCUAAUAAUCAUUUCGACGAAGAAGCGCCUUUGAUGUAUUCAUCAAGGAUAUCUCAUCUAGGAAGAAAGCCAGCUUAG